GCGGCGGCGGCGGCGUGCGCGGGCACGAGCGACGGGCCUGCCUCGGGCUCAGGCGCGGCGGGCGCGCGCUGCGGCGGGUGUGCGAGACGCGGGCUGUCGUGCUCCCGGUUCUGCUCGGUCCCUCCUCGGCGGCUGGCGGAGGCCCCAAGCGCUGCGGGGCGCGUCCCUUCCUUCCCUGUUCGUCCUGCCCGGCUCCUCUCGCGCUGCGCGGUCUCUCGGACGCCAGACCGGCCCGGCCCGGAUAUGGCUCGUGGACAGCAGAAGAUUCAGUCUCAGCAGAAAAAUGCCAAAAAGCAGGCUGGACAAAAGAAGAAACAAGGACAUGACCAAAAGGCUGCUGCCAAAGCUGCCUUAAUAUACACCUGCACAGUCUGUAGGACACAAAUGCCAGACCCCAAGACCUUCAAGCAGCACUUUGAGAGCAAACACCCUAAGACUCCACUUCCUCCAGAGCUGGCUGAUGUUCAGGCAUAAAGCUUACAGGUGAACUCAUGACACCUUUGACUCUUCUACUGUCUCAGACCUUAGGUAACAAACCUGCAGCUGCUUUUUUAAACAAACUGUUGAUCAGCAAAAAUAAAGGGGCUACAGAAACACUCAUUUUUAUGCUGUUCCCUUUGGGCUUCAUGCAAAGACAAUUCUGUGUAAGUGUACAGUUGACUCUGAUUUGGAAACCUGAAAAAUCAGUCCAUUCUCGUUAUAAUUUUUUUUACAGUUGUAAUUAUAUUGAUGUUCAUAUUGUGUAAAAUAACUCAUUUAAUAAAGUAGUGCUUUGAUUUUACAACAUCACAAGAUAAAUGGUUCUAGGAAUUCUGUUCUAACUUAUUAUUUGCCUUAUAAAAAUGAAUUGAUCAGCUAGUGUUACAGAGCAGUCCUCUCCCUUCUCAGCUCAGUGGCAGGUUUGUUAAACUAGAGCAGACUCAUUCAUUCAGUGUGCACGUGAUUUCUUGGCAGCCGACACAGGUUAGAGAAGCUGAUCUGUUGCUUCCGUGUAUCUGCAGUCACACGUCAUUCCCCACUGCCGAUCAUGUCCUCUGUCUAAGGUUGAAAACGAGCCAGCUGGGAGUGCAUUGUAGGUGUAACAGACACAACCCAUACAAUUGGCAGGAUUGCCAGUGAGCCCUUCUGCAUGACUGUAUCCCAAAGCGUAUGCCGGAACGAAAUGGUCUGUUUGGACAAAGUACGAUGGAACAAGGGUGAACCAUCAUGAUCUAUGUCUUAUAUAUAGUGAGUAUUUUGCAAAUUGUUCCAAUUCUUUAAUUUGAAAAUGAACCAUAAUUUUUGAGAGAGAUUUUAAAAGUUAUUUAGCUAAUUUUAUGAAUGGAUUUUUACAUUUAACAGAAAGAUAGAAAUGGUUUCUGCCAGGUUAAUUCCCAGAACAUUCUUUUCUCUUAAGUAAAAUAGUUUUACGAAUUUAGUGCUGGCUCCUAAAAUCAAAGAGAAGUUUUGACUUCUAAAAUGUGCCAGUGUUCACAUUGGUUCAGUUGGAUAAGGCAGAUUCUGCCAGUUAAGUAGGACUAGUUCUGAUUUUCUUUUGUUGCCUGGUGUACAUGCAAAUCUGUAAUAACUCAGUUUAAGUUUAAAAAUGGAUGUAAUCAAAAGAACAUUAAUAAGCGCUGACAGCUACUUUGGGCAUUUGACCUGUGCAUGACAGAUGGUUCCCCUCUGGCUGCCGUGGCCUUGGCAUUUGGUGGCAGCGUUGUGGACUCAACCACCUGGCUCAGAGUGCUCUGAGUUUGGAGGAAGGUGUCUCAAGGAGGAGCCUCAGUCCCUGUCCCCAGCCUCACUAAGUACGGUCCUGUUACUCUAUUUAAUUCCUGCCUCUCAGACUUGGUGUCCAUUGUUUCCUAAAGUGUUGCUGACCAAAAUUAGAGUUUUACCUGUUUCUUGUGGGCCUCCCAAGUUAGUGACAGUUUUAGAGCUUUCGGGUGUACCUUACGCAGGUGGGCAUUGGUUUUCAGAAAGCCUGUUCGCAAGCUUCAGUUUAAUUCUGUUUGUUUGUUUCCGUGUCUGUAAUUCAGAAUAAAACCUUUCGAUCUUGUA